AUGAGAGGCUCGAACGCGGAGUAUGAUUCGAUGCCAUCUCCUUUGCCAGGAUAUUCCAACGACGAGGUCAUGGAAAGCUCGAAUGCCGUCCCCUGUUAUGACAGCCUAUUUGAUGAACACAGUAUUGGUAGUUCAAGUGCCGAUGAGAGCCAGGAAGAGAUCACGAUGGAAGCUUUCAUUCUGGAAGCAAAGAAGUCCGUUUGCCACCUCUUUUUUCAAGUUUCUGAUGUGCACAAGGUUCCCCGGUCAACGUCCGAGAAAAUUUUCGACGGUUUUCAGUCUUUAUUUGACCUCAUUCUCAAGAACUUCUGCAAGCUUAUCAGGCGCCAGCUUGAAAGUGAAGAUGUGACUGAGAAUGAAACACUGAACGCGCUGUUAGGUCAUGACUUUGUUGAUGACAUCUUUGCAGAAGCGAGAACAAGCUACCAGCGGGAGUUCUUUGCAAAAAGGCAUUUUCCCUUUGUGGAGCCAGACACAUACCAAAUUGGACACGAUUCAUCAUUUCAAUAUGUGCGCAUUGGUCGUGUCUUGACUUGUCUUUUGCAGAAACCAGAAAUGUCUCAGUAUGUUUGUUAUGACCGAACGAGCGCUUCUCCAGCUGUCACCACACUGAAAGAUUUCCGAGACGGUUCCGUUUACAAACAGCAGCAGAGUAGUGUGCUUCAUACUUCAUCUGUACGCACACUCUUCGUUUUGCUGUACACGGAUGAGUUGGAGGUUCUUAACCCUAUCGGGCCAAGGCGUGGAGUUCACAAGCUUUUUGUUGUGUACUUCUCCCUGCUCAACCUCCACCCCAGGUUCAGGUCUCAGACACAGCACAUGCAUUUGGUGGUUCUUGCUAAAUACAAAGACGUUCAAAGGCACGGCCUACAUCAAGUUCUGAGACCCAUGCUCGAUGACCUCAAGAUGUUGUGUCGCGACGGGAUACAGUACUGCAAAGAGAGUGAGUUGUGUACAGCACGUGUCUUGGUACAAGCAUUUUGUGGGGACAAUCUUUCCUUGAAUAAGCUAGGCGGCUUCUCUGCAUCAUUCGUUACUGGAAGAGUAUGCCGUUUUUGUAUAGCUCAGGCAAAGGACCUUCACUCACUCACUAGAGAGGAACUCUGUGUGCUUCGAACGAACUCCGUCCACAAGCAGCACAUUUUGGCAAUAACAGUGAACCCCGACAACAAGAAGCUGUACGGUGUCAACGAGAAAUCACCGCUUAUGGACUUGGAAUACUUUGACGUGACGCUGCAGUUGCCACCUGACCUUAUGCAUGACUUGUUUGAGGGUUGCUUCGCAUUUGUCAUGCAUCAGGUUUUGAAGGGAUUGGUGCAUGACGGUGUCCUUGUCGCGGGUGACCUUUCAAAGGUAGCCUCGUUUCCUUACGGAUUCCACGAUGGGCAUAAUAAACCAGAUGGACUGAGCAGCGCUUUUCUUUCGGACUAUCAUUCCUUAAGGGGCACAGCGUCGCAGAAGUGGUGUCUUUUCCGCCUCCUGCCUUUAAUUUUUGGCUCGAGUAUACCAGAGGACAAUGAACACUGGAAAGUCUAUCUAAGUUUCCGUGGCAUAGUCGACAUAUUGCUUGCAGAAGAAAUGCCAACCGAAUCCAUAGCGUACCUGCAAGUGGAGAUCCAAGAUUUUCUAAAGUCCUUCACAGAUCUCUACCCGUCUGCAAGGAUUCUCCCGAAAAUGCACCAUCUCAUCCAUUACCCGCGGAUAAUGGCAGCGUUGGGCCCUCUCAAGAUGUAUUGGUGCAUGAGAUUUGAAGGGAAGCACCAAUAUUUCAAAAAUGUUGCUACGAAAUUGAAGAACUUCAAAAAUAUCUGCAAAAGCCUGGCGACUCGUCACCAGCUCAUGCAAUGCUAUUACUUAUAUGGACCUUUCCAGGGCUCUCGCCUUGAAACCUCAAAAGCAAAAGUUGUGACUACCUCUUCUGUGCGCUCGUGCAUUCAGGAAGUUUCCGGUGAAGAUAACAUUUUAGAGGUGACACGUGCCACCAUUGGAGGUACUACCUACAGAACCAGCGAUGUUUUGGUGGCAAAGAAGGGAGACAUGCCAGAAUUUUCGCUAAUUUGUGGACUGUACGUUAUAGCAGGAAAACUUCACAUCCUCCUAAAUGACCUUAACGUAGAAGAAUUCUGCAGACACAGAUGUGCGUACAAAGUGUCUCCAAGCGGAGUCUUCAGAGUCAGUUUCCCGGGACAAGAGGCGUCAUAUCAUAUGCUCGACUUAUACUUUGGCAGUGAAGUGACACCAAUGUGGGACCUGGCAGGAGAACAAUAA